AUGUCUGCCGAGCAGAACCAUAAGGUCCCGGGCAGCGCACCCUAUUCUGGCCGCAAUCGUAUUCCAAACAUCAAGGAGUUCGCUGCUUCCCUUGACAGGGACAAGAGGGAGCGCGAUGCCAAGAUCGAUGCCGAGUUGAAGGCGAACAAGAGGGGUGACGGCGGCAUCCAGGACCAUAAGAACACUAACCAGCACAGGGCAGGGAAAGGUAGAGUGGUGACCGACCCCGUUACUGGCAAGGAGAUUGAGAUUGACGACGUCCAACCCGACUUCGAGAGCGCUGUCGAGAAUCCCCACCUUAGCAUACCGAAUGCGAACCUGGGCAAGGACACACCUAUCAAGACCGAGGCGACGCAAUCGGGUGAGGAGUAUCGGGAGGCUCAGGACGUGACCGCACCACCUGAUCCCGUCGCUAAUGGCUCCACGUCGGAUGUCCCCAUCCACGGCGAGAAGACAAAUGUCUUGUUCCACCCGACCCCCUCGGUCAGCUACGAGCCCAUGUAUGCUAUCAUCGAACAGAGGGCAACGAUAUUAUGCGUUGGCGUCUUCUUGGCCAUCAUAUUCGUAGGCAAGAUGUUCGGAGGUAGACUCGUUGGUCUGAUUCCCUUGGCCAUCUGCGUUGGCUCUGGUAUCUUCUUGUGGAUGAAGGACUUGGUACGACAGGGCCGAGACAUCGAGUGGUCGAGUGAACAGAAACGAGGCGAGACCGCCACUAUAAAUCUCCUUCCCGAGUCCGUCGAGUGGAUGAACACCCUCCUCGGCAUCGUCUGGGGAUUAGUCAAUCCGGACAUGUUCUCUGCCGUAGCAGACACCCUUGAGGAUGUUAUGCAAGCUUCAGUGCCCGGCAUAAUUGAGAAUGUGAAGGUUGCCGAUAUAUCCCAGGGCAACAACCCCAUUCGGAUCCUGAGUCUCCGUGCUCUUCCAGACGCCCACAUGAAGGACGUCAAGGAGAAGAUGCACGAGGAGAAUAAGAAAACCAAAGACCCCCAAGAGCUCGCCGCUGACGAAGAAGGUGGUGAUUACUACAAUCUGGAAGCAUCGUUUGCCUACCAUGCGAAGCCAUCUUCAGGGUCCGUGUCCGGUAAGGCCGCGAACAUGGGCAUGCAGUUGGUUUUCUACUUGGGUGUCAAGGGACUAUUUGGCGUUCCACUACCUAUCUGGGUCGAACUGUCGGGGCUCGUCGGUACUGUACGGAUUCGACUGCAAAUGUCUCCGGAGCCGCCUUUCCUGAAGGCGGUUACAUUCACGUUGAUGGGUGUCCCCAAGGUCGCAGCCGGAUGCACACCUAUGAUUGAACAUGGUGUCAACAUCCUCAACCUGCCACUCAUUUCCAACUUCGUCAACUGGGCUAUCGCGACCGCCGCCGGCAUGUAUGUUGCGCCAAAAUCCAUGACACUCGACCUCGGCAAGAUGCUACAAGGCGAUGAUAUACAAAAGGAGACUGUUGCCCUGGGCAUCUUGUUCAUCCGAAUCCACAAAGCCACUGGCCUUUCCAAGCAGGACCGACGAGGAUCCGAAGGCGGCGGUUCCGACCCAUACAUCACCGUCAGCUUCUCCAAAUUCGGCAAGCCUAUGUACUGUACCCGUGUCAUUCAAGACGACCUCAACCCGGUCUUUGAGGAAACGUGCGCUCUAUCCGUCACUGCCGACCUCAUCAAGGUGGAUGAGCAACUGUCAAUGGAGCUUUGGGACAGCGAUCGGUCAAGCGCUGAUGACGUCGUUGGCAAAGUUGAGCUCUCUCUUCAGAAGCUCAUCCAGCAUCCUGGAAAGAUGUACCAGCAAGUCUCGAAGCUUCGGGGCGUCAAAGCCGAGAGCAAUAUGCCGGGCGAAUUACACUGGGAAGUUGGUUUCUUUGGCAAGACUCAGUUCCGUUCUGCUCUGAGGACCGAUGGUAAGGACCUCAGUCUCCCACCGGAGCUACGGGACAGGAAGGAACUGCAAGACGACAAAGGCGCUGUGGAGAACGAACAAGAGGACGCCGUCACUCAUACUCCCCCUGACCCACUAUGGCCUUCUGGCAUUCUCAGUAUCGUCGUCCAUCAGAUUGUCAGCCUCGAAUUGGCAGACACCCAGGGCUCAGAGGGUGGUAAGCGCAAGGGAGGUAAGGAGUAUGAGCCUGCCCGUGACGCUGGCGAGAUCAAGGAGGAACAGAGCAAGAAGCUACCAAGUGCUUACUGUGCCAUUUUGCUGAAUGAUGAACUUGUGUACAAGACUCGGACGAAGGUUGUGUCCUCGAAGCCCAUCUUCAACGCUGGUACAGAACGUUUUGUGCGGGACUGGAGAUCCACCAUCGUCACUGUCGCUGUGCGUGACUCAAGAAACAGGCAGCACGAUCCUUUAAUAGGCGUUGUUCCCUUGAAGCUUUCGGACAUCAUGCAAACAAGCAGCCAGGCCUCCAGAUGGUAUCCACUCGACGGUGGGAUCGGGUUCGGCCGCAUCCGUAUUUCACUCCUUUUCCGUUCAGUCGAACUGAAGCUACCCCCACCACAACUUGGUUGGGACGUUGGUACAUUCGAGUUCACGUCUGAUCAAAUCUCCGCAACCUUGACAGACUCUGGUCAUGGCAAGAGCAAGAUCAAGAUCAAGAUGAGGACCGGUGGUAGCUCCGACACGAUCAGGCGAGAUAAAUGCACGGUGGAGAACGACGUCGUGCGUUGGGACAUCAGCGAGGCAACCAACCAUGCAAGACCUCGCUUACCUGUCAGAUACCGAUUCAGGUCUCCGGUGUUCUUCGAAUUUCACCUUCCCAAUAAGCGCCAUGCGGAACACUUCGCUGCUCUCUGGUUGCUGGAGCUGGUUGACAACGAAGAGAAAGACUUCGAUAUCCCUGUGUGGAAAUGCGACAAACCUAUGCGAUUAUCUCAGAAUUACAUCACGCCAGAGAAUUUCAGUACUAUCCCCGACAUCAAGUUGGAGGAGGUUGGCAGGUUGAGGUUCAGGGGCAGAUUCAAGGCAGGCACGGACCGCGACCAUCUCCGAUUUGUGAGCGACAAUAACUCUCGUGAAACUAUUGAGACAUGGGAAGCGUGCUUCGCCGAGGGCGUCCGUAAGGAGGAGGUCACUAAGGAAUUGCCACCGACUGUGCAAAAGCUGCACGAAGAAUCGCUCACUCAUGGUCGGGACGUCCUCGCUACGGCUUCCGAGGCAGACAAAAAGAAGUGGUUGUCGAAGGAUGGCACGGACUGGUCGGGUGCUUUCGGAAAGGACCCGGCUGACUUCGUCAACAAUGACGAUGAUAGCACCGACCAUUACGACUCGGAUAGCGAUUCCGAACCCGCCGACUCGCCAACGCAGGGUAUCAAACACGAGGAUACGGACCUCGGAAUCCAAGACGCGACCAACGCAGAGUAUGAAGAAGACGGUGGCGAGCCCGGCAGCUCGCUCACUACAGCCAGGACCAACGGCACUGCCGCCUCGACCUCAGGCGCUUCUGUAAAGAGCAGCAGCAGCAAGAACCCGAUCACGCAGUACAAGGAUUACAAGAGCAAGAGCCGUGACCUGCACCGCCAGCACCGCGGCCUCAUGCAGUGGCGGCCGAUGCGCAACGUCCAGUUCGCCAAGGACGAGGCCAAGUACGCUAUACGCCGCGUCACGAAGGUCGGCUCGUUGAGCGGACGACAGCCGGAUGUUGAGACUGAGGUGUAA